AUGGGACAUGGCGGAGCUUGUGAGUGUGUGCACAGAGGAGGGAGAUUGCAGUUUGAGAUGGGGAAAAGAAAAAGGUUGGCAUCCUCCCAACGUGGACAGAACUUUUUGUUGACUCGACGACAACAUCUUGGACUCGUUCUCUUUUCGGCGGUUUAUUUUGCCUUGAAUACCAACAUCACGCUGCUAUUUCCAUUGCUUGGCGGCUUACUCUUCACUACAAAUACUCAACGGUCCCGCGCGCCUUUCGCUUUCCCAUUGUUUCCCUGCCCGGUGGCUGUUAUCAAAAAGGCCUUCUGCCUGGGUCUGUUUUUCUUUCUUCUCUUUUCUUCUUCCCCCUUCACUUCGCGCAUCGAACAUCAACAUUCCCGUGUGCAUCACCGCUUUCCAACAUCGACACUCGAACAUCUUUCGACCCGUCUUGGAAUCUCUGCAUCUUCAAGGAUAUCAUUUAUUCCUUUCACCGUCACGAUGGCUGUCUUCACGAUCAAGGCCCUCGCCAGCGCUCUGGCUGUCUUCAAUGCUUUCGCUACCGCUGCUGUCGCCGAUGAGCUUCCCGAGCUUCCCGAGGCUGCUCUGUCCGCCCAGACCACCACUUACCAGCCUGUUACCCAGCAGCAUGGCGUCGCCACAGCUGACGGCAAUGUGGUCUACUCUCUGAGCGUCUGCACUAUUGUUCAACAGACUGAGUGCUCCCUCGUUCUGUCCACCGACAGCCAGAUCCCUCCCCCCGUUGCCACCGACGAGUUCUCUGUUCCCGCUGAGGGCGAGCCUACCACUGUCAACGGCAUGGGUGAGACUUCUCCCGGUGAGGGCUACCCCGAGGUCAGCGAGACUGGUCCUCACGCCAGCGUCCCUACCGGCUCCAAGCCUGACUACUCUCUCCCUGCUCCCGAGAGUGCUCCCAGCCAGCCUGGUGUUCCUGUUCCCAGCUCUUCCGCUGGCGAGCCCGUCCCUACCAUGCCCUCUGGCGCUCCUGGAGAGCCGAUUCCUGUCCCAUCCGUCAUUAGUACCGACGAUGAGCCCGGUAACCCUACCGCUCUCACCACUGACUACGACGGACCUUCAGUCACCGCCGAGGGCAGCGCUUCCGGCUCUGCCUCUGGCUCUGACUUGGCCUCCGACACUGACUUUCCGACUGUCACUCUCCCUGUGAGCAGCGACAGCCUUUCGGCUACUGGUGAGGAUGGUGAUAACACUCCCACUGGCACUCCUACCGUCACCGCCUCUGGCGCUGUCGUCAUGGCUCCUGCCGUCCGCGCCGUGGUUCUCGGCGUCGUUGUCAUGCUUGUUGCCGCUGCCUUCUAA